AUGGAAUCGCGCCUCCUCUUACUCCCUCGCCACCUCUCCUUCUCCUCCGUCGCCCCGUCCAGCGCCGCUGUCGUCGCCAGCGAGAUCUCUGCGCUCCUCACCGCCCGGAAUUUCCUGGCUUCUGUUAACCGUGCGGAGCAGUUCAUAAGCUCCCAGGCCGUCACACCCUCGGGCAUCCCUGAGCUCUACCGCGCGGUGGCCGCCGCAGCCCCAAGUGGGAAGGCCCGUUACUUCAUCGCCGUGGCCUCCGCGCUAGUCGAGGGAUCCGCGCGCGCGGACCUCCCCGACGGCGCCCUGCGGCUGCUCGAGCUCCUCAUCGACACGCCUGCGGCGCGGCUGCCGAUGGGAUCCUCCUGCGGCCACCUCAUGGUGAAGCUCCUCUCCCUCGGACGCCACGCGGAUGCGCGCCGCGUGUUCGAGAUCCUCGCGGCUGCCGGCGAGCGCCAGCGCAAAAAGGCGAUCAACGUGCUUUGGGCAGCCGGUAGGGGGGCCGACGCCUUCAAGGUGUUCGGCGAAAUGGCGGAUAUGCCCGUGGCUCCAAAUCGUAAAAGGUACAUUUGCAUGAUGUAUGAUUACUUGAAGAAGGGAGACCUGGAGUCCGCAUCCGAGAUACGGACCCGGAUGGUGCAGGGGGGCAUCAAGCUAUCCACUCAACAGCGACAAAUGUUCCGGAUGCUGGCAGAAGCCCGGGCUUGCCCAGGCAACAUGCUGCGGAAUAAGGUAGAAAUUUGCAUUAUGGCACAGGAUAUCGAUGAGGCCAUCCGUUGGCUCCGCCAUAUGAGCCACGAUGAUAAGGCACCUCCAAACGCUCAGUCCUACAACUUGGUAAUCGCCGGCCUCUGGAAGGCAGGGAGGGGUGACGAAGCUGUCAAGCUGUUUGGUGAGAUGACAGACAUAUCCCUGGCGCCGAAUCGUUUCACAUAUACUGUCAUGAUAAAUUGCCACUUGAAAAGACUGAGUAAUGGUCUGACCCCGAAGCAGAAUGAGAAUGGAGAUCUGGAGGCUGCACUCCAGUUGAAGGCUCAGAUGGAGCAGGCAGGCUUCAAGCCAGAUGAAUGCACCUACCAUUUGCUGAUGGCAGAACUCUGCUCGGCUGAACGGCUGGGAGAUGUUACAGCUUUAUUCCACGAGAUGAUGAUACAAGGGACGACAUUACAUAAGAUCAUUCAUGGAAGCCUGUUGGAGUUCCUCUGUAGAAUCAAUGAAGAUCAGUUACUGGGCAUCAUUGAAGAAUCUGCAAAGAAUGGUGUUUCUGCAGCGGAUAAUGGUUGUAUUACCUUGUUGAAGGAGCUUUGCAGGAUUGAUAAGGUUUCAAGUGCAGAAAAGGUGUUGCAAACAUUUGCCAAAGCAGGGUUGGUCCCAACGACAGAGAUGUACAACAUUCUUAUUGACGGGUAUUGCAAGAUUAGGGAACUCCAAGGGGCAUUCUUGUUGUAUCGCCAGAUGAAAUCACAUGAUCAGCUUGUACCUAAUGAAGCCACCUACGAGGCACUACUGCUGGCUGUGCGCAACAACACAAGCAUCAUCUACUGGGAGGACGUGGAGGAGUUGUUUGAGAAAAAUGGAGUUAGUAUAGAUGCGCUGAACUCCUUCUUUUCUGACAUAUAUGGAUUCAAGUCGGUAUAUUCUAGUACCUAG